CGAUCAAUUUACUUUCUUCGCCCUAGCAACCGAUUGAACUGCGCUGUCCCCAUUCUCGCAACGAAACGUGGGCGGUUCAUCGCACGUGCGUCGCAUUAUGCAUCGCAAACAUUGCUUAGAUAUCACCGCUCGUUCGACAGGAGUUGCGUAGCACUUGACUUGCGCUCGACCACAUCGGCCCACUCCGAUCAUGGCGGACCUGGUUGAGCCGCCCAAGAAAAGGGCGCUGCCCUUCAAGCGCACCGUUCCGCGGAAGCAGCUGUCCGCUAUAGCCGCAGAGAAGACGGAUGAUGACAGCGAUCUCGACCUUUUUAGACAUUCCCAGGAAGUCUUUCCCGAGAUCCUCAGGGAAGUGCAGGAGGACCAGAAGGAACACGACCGCAAGCGCAGGAAGACGUCGCCGGACGGGGCUUCUUCUCAACGAAGGAGAGAGUUGUCGGCUGGCUCCCCACAUGCUGCCGCAUACCCACGGAAGGCAUCCGCAGCAAUGGAGGAGUCGGAUGACGACCUAAUAAUGGAUGUGAAGGGAAAGGGCAAAGAGAUCAUCGGGACGCGAACAAGGUCGGCACCCCGGACUCCUGUCUCAGCGAGUGCGACUCCAAGAACGCCAAGCUCCAAGAGAGGCACCCAGAUUCCCGCUUCGGGACGCGCAUCUCGGAAGUCCCACGGUUCACCAGGAGUUCCAAUCACCGUGCUGGAUGAUGGCAGCGAUUACGAUGACGGUGCUCAAACCCUGGGGUCUUCUUCUUCCAAGCCGCGAAGGUCGAGUGAACGGCUGAAUCCGCGCCGCCAGAAUCCGCGGAGCAACGACGACAACGAUGUCCCGGUGGAGAUCCUCCCUGGCCCCAAAGAGACCGAGGUGGAGGAAGUCGCGCCGGCCGCCGAGCAGCCCGACGAAUUCAGCGAGUGGGUGGCCAAGGCGCGCGAGAUGCAGGCCCAGCAGAGCCAGCAGGCCGUGGUGAAGCUCUUCAUGGUCUCGCAGCUGCCGGGCGCCGCGCCGCCCAUCCUCGUCAAGCGCCGGCUGAACCAGGGCGUGCAGCUGCUGCUGGACGUGUGGGUCGCUAACGCGCGGGCCAAGGGCGUGGAGAUCCCCGACGACGUCGCCAGCCGCCUGUUCCUCACCUGGAAGGGCAACAAGAUCUACAGCCACAGCACGCUCGCCUCGCUGGGCGUGCAGGUGGACGCGCAGGGGAACCUGGAGGGCCACGACGGCGAGGGCUACCACCGCGACGGCCUGCUCCUCGAGGUCUGGACCGAGGAGGCCUACGCGGCCUAUAUGGAGGAGCGCGGCAGGAAACGCGGUCUGAUCCUCGGUCCCGAGGACGACCUGCGCUUGGCCGCGGCGAGCGGGGAGGAGCCGUCGUCGCCGCCGCCGCCGGUGCAACAGCAGCCGCCGAGGAGGAAGGGCAUCAAGAUCGUCCUUAAGGCGAAGGAGCACGAGCCGCUCAAGCUGACCGGCAAGGACGAUACGACGGUGGAGGCGCUGAUCGAGGCAUUCAGGGCACAAAGGAGCAUUGGGCCGGAGUGGGAUGUGGCCAUAUAUUUUGACGGGGAGCGCUUGGAUCAGGAAUGCAUGAUCGCGGAUAUCGACGUCGACCCGGACGAGGCCAACCAGUUGGAGGUGCAUAUCAAGAAGGCCAAUCGUUGAGUUCGGGCAUGGGCAUAGGCAUGGGCACGGGCAUGGAUACGGAUGACUUCAAUGACCUGAUGGGAGUUUGGAGCAAUGAUACCCGGGAUUCCCGCAGCGGUGGAAGCAGGUCAAAUAUAUCAAUGAUUUUUCAGCCGUUAUGCUUUUUGC